AUGGUACAUCAAUUGAGCUUAUUUGGUACAAUAGACGAUAAGUCUUAUGACUUAUUCUUGUCCACGAUGUCUAUUCUCUCGGGAACACCACCAGUGCUGUUUGCGAAUAUUACGAAUGUGUGGACGACAAAUAAAUCAUAUGAGUUUGAAAGAGUGAACUCAAAAAAUCAACUCACGGAAUUGAAUAGAAUAAAAGUGAGCAAAAGUCUGCCACUGCAGUUUUUAAUUGUCGAAGAUGAUUCUGUUUUGUCACAUAAGCUUCUAAAGAAAAUAGGGCAACUGGAAGCGCCUAUAGAACCUUCUGCACUGGAGAAAUAUGUACAAGAUAUAAAGUAUGAACGAGCUUCCUCUUUAGGGGACGAUUCAAAGAUGGAUGUUGAUGCCAGUUCAAUGUCAGAACCAGAAGCAGAGCCAUGGGCAUUGAGCAUGUCUGAUAUUCCAGCUGCGGGAAAGAGUCGGAAAGUGUCGAUGCAGACAAUUUCUGAGUCCAUAAUUCUGACCACUGGAGGUACUAAUUCAUCAACAUCAAGCUUUUUGAAAGAGUUAGGAUACGUCCCUGAGUAUCGAUAUAUUACCGUUGGCGUUAAGUUUUACAUGGCGAAUGACAUGGUAUUAGAUAUACAAAAAUUAUGGGAUCUAAGAAAUGACAGAAGCUUACAGAUAACUAAAGGUGGUUACCUGAUAAAAGCAUAUGUCAACGUGAACAGAUCCACUGAUAUUGAACGUAUAAAUCAAGCGGAGACUGCGUUAUUAUCAUUACAAAAAGAGCUACAAGGUUAUGUUGAUCUGGUAGUUCCAGACAGAAAGGCCAUGGAUUCAAGAUUGAAUAAUAUGGGUGAUAUUAUAUAA